AUGGCUAAAUACAUGGAGUCUUACAUGACGAUGUAUGAUGUCCGUGCUACAGUAGCAAACCCAACAAAUGUAGAGAAAAAUUCCGACAAAAUCAAACCUCAUCAUAAUCAUGACCAGAAACAUAAUAGCGAUACAAAAAACAGUUUAUCUGAAAUAGCUGAGAUAGCAGAUGAAGGUUGGGAGUAUGAGAACACGUCUAUAGUAGAUACAAGGAGAAUACUGUAUAGCAAGAUGGUGGCUAUUGGCAAAAGACCCUAUAUGGUAUAUUUGCAACUUACCAAAGAGUCUGCCAAAGCACACAAAUACCGAGGUUGGCUGUGCGGAGGAGUCAUUGUCGAUGCAUCAUACGUGCUUACAUCAGCUGCGUGUGUAGAAGACGCUGAUCAUUUCUACAUUGUAUCCGGGACCACACAAUUCGUAGACAGUUUUGAUUACAAGGAGAAUGAUUGCAUCUGUAAACACAGAAGAAAGGUGGUUUGGAAAUGUAUACCCAAAAAUUACAAGUUUGACUUCCAAGACAGUAUAAAAUGGUCAUCAAACGAUAUUGCAAUUGUUAAAGUAGACAAACCUUUCAAACUCGGUGUUGUUGAAAAAGGAUGUGAAUUUGCUACUGAUCUUAUUUGCUAUAAUAAUAUUAGUAGGGAAUUGGAAAAGCCAGGGACAAAGGGAUACAUCGCAGGAUGGGGAAGCGGCAGCAACUUUAGAGAGGGUGUAUACCGUCGCCAAGAGGUGCACAUUCCACAGAACGCAAAGGGUCUUCAAGAAGCGAAGGUCUGCAUCAUGGAUAACGAGCAAUGCGCUAAGAAAUGGGCACAGAAGUUCAGAAACAUCAUCACGCAAUACAUGAUCUGCACUAAAGACAUCAUGAGGCGACUUAGCGAAAUCUGUGAUAAAAAGUACGCAAAUUGUACUGACGUAGAAAGUCGUCGACAUGAUAUUGAAGAUUCUGCUGAUACAUCCCAAACAAACAGUGUUGAUUUAGGAAGACAUUUGAGAGAUCCUGACGAUUACACUGCUAGGCGAUCUUCCAUGCAAGGUGGCUUUUGUGAGAAUGACCAUGGAGGACCAUUAAUCGUUAAAUAUCAAGGCAAGGAACGAGUGAUAGGCGUCAUAUCGGCUUGUAAGAUCGAUCCCAAGAGCCAUAGUUGUCAUGGACCGUUCCUCUAUACCUCUGUUUACAAAAACAGGCAGUUUAUAUCUUGUGCGAUACAUAAGGACGUUGAAGACAAUUGUAGAAGAGUGUUCCGCACUGGCAUAACUCACGAGGAGUGGUCCGUCAACUGGGAUAAUGUGGAAGAGGAUGAUACGCAGCAGGAAAAGGGAGAGAGCAUCGAAAAGAGAAUAGAAAUAAAGAAAGAAGAUAAACAGAAUCCAGAUUCUAGUGAAUCGGAAAGCGAAGAAGUAACUCAAGGUAAUAUAGAUAAAGUAGAAAAGAAAAAAGACAAAAAAGUGAGCAGUAAGCAUGCUAAUAGAAGCAGUAAGAAAUCAUAUGGCAAGAAACACGGGACAGCAAAAAAAGUAGAGAAAAAGAAAUCUAAGAAAUCCAAACAUUCUGAAGAUGGGCAUGCUAAAGGAGAAGACAAAGAAGUAUUCUAUGAAUCUAGCAAAGAUGAGAAUGUAAAUGAACCUGACGAUGCAUAA